GUUCCUUUUCUUUCGCCUUCUUCACGAUCCUAUACUCCUUAAGCCUCAUCAUAAUCAUCAACCUCAUCACUCUCCUUGUUUAAAACUCUUCUAUAUCUUACUGUUUUCCUUUCUUCACAAUAAAAAAUAAGUCUCUCAGACCCUCUUGAUCAUAACUGGGACUCUUCACCCAACCACACCGAAUACCUUGAAGCUUCAAAACUUCUUUUACAGCUUAGCAACAAUAACAUCACUAAGAUGAAUGCCUCUAGUAGCAGCAGUAGUGGUAGUAGUAGUAGUAACAACAGCAUGAAUACGUCUUUCAUGUCAUCUGUUGGCGAACAAUACAGUUCAUCAUCAAAUAUGGACAAUAUAAUCGAUUUAACAAUACCUACGCCUGCUCGGAUCAUUCAUCCCAGGACCUUACCAAGUGAAAGCGUCGAAAUCAUUGACAUUCCAAGCGAUGACGAAGCACCACCCUUUCACUUAACUUUAACCAACUGUCCCAACAACAACAACAACAACAACAACAAUAAUGGUGCCACCAAUGUUAGAUACGAUGACAAUGAUGAUGUUCAAAUUGUAGCAGAAAUUCCUGGACGUUCUUUAGAUCCCUCCAAUCCUUCUUAUGCAAAUGGAUCUUCUACAAGUAGGAAUGCCACUAGGGCAACCACGGCAGAAGACCUUCCCUAUUCCACCUCUGUCCCUCAAUCCCAUCCUUUGUCUUUCCCCAGCCUCUUCGAUUUCUUUGAAAACAAUAGCAAUCCCUUUUCUCGAUCAGAAAGACCGCAACAACAAAGCGAUCGACGUCGUCCAUCGGAAUCAAGGGUAGCUGAAGGUGUUAUGGAACAUCGUGAUAGGAUUUCAACACCUGAAAUGGCAACAUCAACUACUGCAGGAAGAAGUGGAGUAAAUACUGGAGGACGUGCCUCAAGAAGAUCCCCAUUGCGGCCACGGACGCAAACACCAAUCGGCCGGCAAAACUAUCCAGAGCAUACAACACAUCCUCUGUGGCCUGACCAUUGGGGCGAUACAGAUUAUUCAGACCCUUUAUUCAGAUGGUUUCACAUGGACAGCCUUGUCCAUGGCAUCAAUUAUAAUCCAUUAACAUUUUCUAGACGUCCUUCUCCUCCUCGCUAUCAUCAUCGUCAUCAUCAUCGUCAUCAUCCAUUUCAAGGUGGAAACCUUCGCUACCGUCACGCUGCUUCAGAUGUAAACAUAGACGAAUACCUUGCUAGGUUAAGCAAUAUAUUCGACAGCUAUAUCACCCCCGGUAUUGGUGGUCGUGGCGGCAGGGCAACGUCGUCAACCUCAUCGGAUAACGAAUCGUACCUGAACAAACCCGCAGUUGAACCUCGACCAGGCUAUACGAAAUCGCUCAACAAGAAUGUGACUAUAGCUUGUCCAAUAUGUCAAAAUGAGCUCGGACAUGCUGGCAAAGAGAAUACAAAACUCUGGGUGCUAGUUGGCUGUGGACAUGUCAUUUGCGAUGAAUGUAUCGAAGGAAUCUUUAUGACCAAGGUGGCGAUCAAAUCUAAAGUCGCAUCCAAUGCUGCUACGACAUCAAUAGGGAUGGCAGCAACAUCGUCACGAAGACAAUCGAUCUCGAAGCGAUCAGUCAUUAAAGGGAAGGCUAAAUGGACGGCACCUAUGCCUUCGCUAGCACCAACUAAUGGAGACGAACAGUACAUGGAGUCAGGAGGCAAAAUGACAGAGUCAAGCGUGAAUGUGAAUCGUGGCACUGACACUGGCCCUAGUACAGAUGGCAGCGGAACGUUCAAAUUGGUCAAGCGUGCUACAGGUCAAUGUCCCAGUUGUAAUCGUAAGAUCAAGAAGACAAGCGUGCAGCAACUGUAUUUGUAAAGCACUGGAAAUGAAGCUAAUAGUCAUAGGUUUGUCGGGUCCUCCAUGAAACAAUAACCCGCCAUAUAUCUAUUAUUCAUAUACAGUCUGAUCCUCA